AGGCACACAUUUGUGGCGUCACAACAAACCAAACAUAUGUGUGCGCCAAUUUGUAUUUUGCAGUAAACAAAAAUGAAAUGCUCUGUGCGAAAUUGCGAUUCGACCAGUUCCACCGAUCGCAAAACAGUAAGUUUCUUUCAAUUACCGAAGAGCAGCAAAAUAGCCAAAAAAUGGCUGCUUUUCUGCGACAAUCCGCAGCUGAAGAACAGGAAAAGUACGUUUGUUUGCUCGGAUCAUUUUCGGCCCGAGGACAUAGGCGGCGGCGGCGCACUCGGAACAGCAAUGUGCAGACGGCGACUUAGACUAGGUGCAAUGCCAUGCAUCAGAAAAUCAGAUAGCGUGCCAUCUAAGGAACGAAUCAAAGCAAGGGAACAAUGCAGCAGCGAACGUUUAGAGAAUGAUCUUUUAGCCAGUUCAAAGGUCACAGAAACAACAUCUGAGCCGCAAGACAAUGAGGUUAUACAGGAGACUAACUGCGAAACUCAAGCAUUGUCAGAAUCGUUGCUCUCAGCAAAACCGAAGCCAGACAAAAAUUUUGAUAAAUUGGAUACGGAAAGCUCAGAGGCUGUCAUCGAUGAGCUAAGUAACCAAGUCAAAGAUCUGCGUUUGGAAAAUUUUCGCUUACAAGUCAACAUUAAAUUGGCCCAAAGAAACUACAAAGCCGAAAUCAAGAAAUUAAAAAAUAAGUUGGAACAGGCUAGAUCGCAAAUAUUACAGCUUGAGAUGCAGCUAGAGGAUAACAAAUAAUAGUAAAUAAUAAAUGAUAGAUAAUAGAAAAAAUAGAUAAUUUAAGAUAAUCUAGUUUUAGAUGCCUACACCUUGUUUUUCAAUGCACAUUCUUUAUAAAACAUACAUUUCAUAAGUCAGAAAAAUCAUUUAUAGUGGUACUCAAGAAUUUCAAAUAUUAUGCGACAAAUAAGUUUACGAAGACAAGAAAAUAUACAACGGACUGUAAUUAAUGAGAAAAGAAUCAAAGAAAUUUUGUGAAUGCUGUCAGUCUUAGUGUCAUUCUAAGAUAUGCGAAUAUACGAUUUAUGAAAAA